UACUAAGUCAGCUUUCUUGAUAAUUUCCUGUGAGGUAGACAGCACUGCACUUUUUUUGACUAAAAUCCUCCAAAACCAUGCCAAAACCCAAAAAUCAACUUUUAUGAAACCAUGAAGGUAAGAUUUCGCUACGUCAAACGUCACAAUAUGAUAAAAGUCUAUGCGACGUACUUAUUAUUGUUUCAAUUUCUUUUAGUUCUGUAUUAGUGUCCUUUCUUGGGUAAAAUUUUCCACAAAAUGGCUAAUCGAGGUGGCGGCGGUAGUGGUAAAAAAGAAAUGGAUCCAGAGGAGCUGAUGCGGCGUAAAUUUCAUGCGAAAUGCUUAUUUCGCGCUUUGGGGCGUCUGGUCAUGGCAAACACAUAUUGGCUAAUAGAAGCUGUUGACCAUUACGAAGGCGUAGAAGACGUGAAACGAAGAGUGGAACAAGCAGUCCGAGGGAAAGCCAAGAAGAAACAGCUGCUCAGUAUUACUGAUAAAGCGCUUUUGAAUAAACCAGCAGAAGAAAGGACAGAACAGGAGAAAAAAUAUAUCUACCGCAUUAUUGGUGGUCUCAAAUGUUUCAAACGUUAUCCAAAUUACGUGAAGAAGAAACUGGCCGCUGUAACGUAUUUCAAAUACUACAGUCCCGGUCGCUUGAUAGUUCGCCAGCACCACGAAGCUCACGCGCUCUAUUUCAUCAUUACCGGCGACCUUAUAGUCAGCCAGCUGGUGUACGACGAGCUACUCCAACAGUACGUCACGGUGGACGUCGGAGUUUUGCACCCAGGGGAUAUGUUUGGUGAAGUGUCUUUGCUGCAUAACAUACCGAGGACUGCAACGGUUACUACAACUGGACAUUGUGAAUUGCUGGCACUGAUGAAAGAAGAUUUUAAGAAUGUUCUCCAGGCAUCUGUUCAGAAACAGUGGGACGAGGUUAAAGAAGCAAUGUCGGCUUUCACCUAUUUCGAUGCACUAGAUGAGGUCGCCAGACGUGAAGGUUGCAUCGUAGCCAAGAUGAAAAGUUACGAACCAAAUGAGACUCUCCUCGGCGAUGGGGUGGGAGUAGCAAAUUUCGUCUACUUCAUUUUAUCGGGUCGUUGUCAGAUGAUUGAGUCCAUCCAAGUUGUCGUCACUACCCAUUUAGGAAAGAAUUAUUACAGUCUAUACGACCCUUAUGUGCCGGAAAAAGAAAGCGAUCAGGAUUUCGACGCCAAAUACUUUGGUGCAUACAAGAAUUUGAACAAAGAGUCCGAAGAUACGGCAGAUCAAGGAAGUCUUGAAAAAGGCACGACGAAAAUAAAUAUUUUGCCUGCAUUGUCAGGAGGACGAUCAAGCAGUUUAAAGAGAAGAAAGUCAGUCAGUAUAAAAGAACAUGAUAAAAUUUUCGAAAAUGCAAAGGAAGAGAAACGGCAGAGUGAUAACAGUGGGAACGUACUACCAUUGUCUGACAACUCUGAAGUACUGAUGGUGGGAUCCACGGACCAAACUCGCGAAUCAAUUAGGUACAACAUAAAAAAUAUUGUUAUGCGACUCAAAAACUUUGCUAAUGACGGACUUUUGUUGCAGAUUGAGUAUCCAACAGGAAGAAGUUCCAUCACGUCCACCAAACCUAAAAACUUAUUUCAUGCAGGUAUGUCAGAUGAACCCCGGCUUCAGUUUUGGUUUCGGGGAGAACAUGCGUGACAGGCGGGUCGUCGCUCUCACCAAUGUCGAUUGCAUGCUGAUGCCCAAGAUUUGGCUGCUGCAGAGGAACACAGCUAAUAUUUGGACCCGUAUACAGCACUAUCUAGAAAAGAAGAUACCGACCAAGAAGCAGCUGUUUACAGAGUUUGUCUCACAAAGACGCUGGCAAGUGUACCGCGAAGAGAUGGUCACGGACGUGGUCUCACGCUCCAACGCUGUCAACUGGACCUCGGUGCAUGACGUACCUUAUUCCAUCAGGAUGGAGGAAAUGCUCGAUUUUUGAGUUUUUUUUAUGGUUGUACCUACAUAUAUAUUGCAUUUAAAAAAAUCUAUAAAGACGAUAAUGUUGUUUUUUUGCAUGGCUUUAUUAAAAUGUUUGCUUACAAAAGCCAUCUGUCUUAUUUUUUAUCUAUGGUGAGAUAUUUCUAGGAAUAAGGGCCCGCGCUGCGUCAAGCGGGAGUACGCAGUGGACGUCCGUCGCGAAGAUCCACUCCGUGCUCCGCCGCAGAACCCGCGACGGACACUCGCUUCUCGCACCUAUACAAUUAUCAUCGCGCGAGUGAAAAUUAUAUUUGUUGAUAAUACUACCUAGCCAAAAAACAUAAAUCUGCCAGCGUCCGCUCCGUGCUCCAGCUUUACCCGCAGCGCACGCUCUAAAUGUGCAUCUAAGAGUUCCUAUGUAUCUAAUGUUAGGCUAGUAGUGAGAAAUAGAACAACAUAAUACAACAUAUAACGUUAUAUAGCGAAGGAGCGUGGGUCCGUGGUAAACACCAAUGUUUUACUUACAUAGUUUUAAGAAAGCGUCUGGAUUAAAAGACGUUCUAUAUUGGUGUCGAUUCUGAUAAUUAUCUAAACUUAAACGAAAUUUUACAUCAGUCUCUUAUUUUCAUUCUGUAUGUAUCAUGGAGGUUAGAAAGAAGAUGAACGAUCGCUACGUACUAAAGCAUUAGCCCGCCUGUCCCUGGAAAUUUGUAGAAUUUA